AAGUACCGGCCUCCCUCUGAGAUCCCUGAAGGUUCCUGGCGGAGCAGAGCCGGGUCAACGGCCAGUGGUGAGGAAGGCAGGGCUCCCAAGGCUGCUGGAGUUGGGGUGCUGCUCGUUCUCAGGAGACCCAAGUCUAGUUUCCUGAAGGGACCAGUGACCAUGUCGUGGAUCAGGGAAGGAGAACUUACACUCUUAGAGCGGUUCUGUGCCAACAUCAUUAAGGCAGGCCCGAUGCCCAAGCACAUUGCAUUCAUCAUGGACGGGAACCGCCGCUACGCCCAGAAGUGCCAGGUGGAACGACAGGAGGGCCAUGCGCAGGGCUUCAAUAAAUUGGCUGAGACCCUGCGUUGGUGUUUGAACCUGGGCAUCCGAGAGGUGACUGUCUAUGCCUUCAGCAUUGAGAACUUCAAACGCUCAAAGAAUGAGGUGGAUGGGCUAAUGGAGCUGGCCAGGCAGAAAUUUAGUCGACUGAUGGAAGAACAGGAGAAGCUGGAGAAGCAUGGGGUGUGUAUCCGAGUCCUGGGUGAUCUUCAGUUGUUGCCCCUCGACCUCCAGGAGCUGAUUGCAAAAGCUGUUCAGGCCACCCGAAACUAUAGCAAGUGUUUCCUGAAUGUCUGCUUUGCCUACACAUCCCGACAUGAAAUCAGCAAUGCUGUGAAAGAAAUGGCAUGGGGAGUAGAACAAGGUUUACUGGAUCCCAGUGACGUGUCAGAGUCUCUCCUCGAUAAAUGUCUCUACACCAACAACUCCCCCAAUCCAGACAUCCUGAUACGGACUUCAGGGGAAGUGAGGCUGAGUGACUUCUUGCUCUGGCAGACAUCUCACUCUUGCCUGGUGUUCCAGCCCAUUCUCUGGCCAGAAUACUCCUUCUGGAACCUCUGCGAAGCCAUCCUGCAGUUCCAGAUGAAUCACAGCGUGUUGCAGAAGGCCAGAGAGAUGUAUGUGGAGGAACGGAAGAGGCAGCAGCUGGAGAGUGACCAGGCUGCAGUGACAGAGCGACUGCUCCGGGAGGGCUGUGAGCCCAACAGGGACAGCCAGCUUCGGCGCGUUCUCUUGCACAAACGCUCAUCAGGACGGGAGGAACGCAUACAAGGCUUCCUGCAGGCUCUGGAGCGAAAACGUGAAGAGUGGCUGGCACGCCUGGGCACAGCAUCAGCAUGAGAGGGCAGACAGCCCUCUCGUGUUCCUGCUCGCUGGCCAAGGGCCUGAUCCAGCAUUCCUGAGGAGAGUCAACUUGAGUUUUGAUAAUGAGAUUUGCUGUAAUCCUGGGAACAGGUGCAGUGGGGAUUGGGCCUUUUUGCCCAGCUAGAUUCUUUGUCAAUUGAUGCUCUUUGUCCAGCCCCCACAGAGGGGUUGGGUAGAGAUGACAGACAGUGAAUGUCCACCUGUCUCUCCAGACCUGUCACCUGAGCUGCUGGUGACCAGUCUUCCUUAUCUCCCAACAAACAUCAUCUCUCCCCUUGGUAUGGGGCUUUUUCAUAUGUGGUUGUUUGGCUGUAGAGCACUACUCACUGCCAUGGUGCCCAGCCCAGCCUGCCACCCCACUACCUCCAUGCCUCUGUUUUCCUAACAACAGGUUUUAGUUCACUUUGCAUUUGACAGCAGAAAGCUGGAAAUUGUUUGGGGGUUGGGGGUAAGGAGAGAAUGGAAAGCUAGCCAUCUGCUUCCCCUCAUGAACAUUUCCACCUGAGCUCUGCUAUUGGAUCUUCCCCCACUCCUGGCUUGUCAGGCAGCCCCGAUUGCUCUGCUGAAAACCUGGGCUCCUCCAAUGGUGGAACUAGGCCUAUGAUGACAAUCCAUUUACCUGUUGUUGACUCAGCCCACACACACUUUCCUCAGGCAGGGUCUUGAAGCCAGCCUCUCAUCCCUGCUAGAGCUGGUCCUCUUAACUUGGCUAACUGGGAAGAACCAGUAUGUCCAUUUGACUGGGACUCCCCUUCCAUCUGACAUAUCAAGGCCAGCAAGCAAGGACACCUCUUCCCUGUUGGCUCCGAUAUCCACCUCCCUUGGCCUCAUUGAUAAACACAGCUCGUGUCUGACCCAUCUUGGAAAAGCUCCACUUGGUAGUAGUUCCUGUCUUUCAGCCUUAAUGGGGUGGACCCCACAGUAUGAACCAGAGGGAAGGGUCAGGGGCUAUGUCCUGCCUUUCGCUCUUCUUGCCCUACCAGGACCCGCAAAGCUGCUUAGAGGAUUACCAGCUUGGCCCCUUGGCAGCUUUGAAAGGGGCUGUCUUGCCUGAGCUCCUGUACUUCAGGUGCUUGGAAUAGCAGCAGACAUUAUAAAGCUGUAAUCCUAUCCUGAUGCCAGACACUCUCGUUUCUUCCUGGAGAUUUCCAGACUAUUUCCUACAGGCCUGUCAAUGGGUGUCUUUUUUCCCAAAUGCUUAGCCUAUAAGUAUCUUUACUGUCAUGGACACUUUUGGAAUCAGGCAUUUCCUCCAGAAAUAUUAAGGCUACUAACCACUACCUUCCCCCCUCCCCCAGACUUAGUGUUGGCACAGGGUUCCCAGCAAGCAGGUGCUAUGUAUUUCCCAGCCUUAAAAUGGGGCUGUUGACAGCUUUAAUUAGGGAGCCAUGAAUUAUAAUGCUGUAAUUUGGAGCCCUACAAUUAAGCGAGAACAAGGGGCUGGAGGCAAUGAACAGAAUUGGCCUCUAGAUGAGCUUGACUGACAUGAAGAAUAGUGCAGUCCUGUUUCUCGACCUGCCUAGAUUGGUCAAGAUUGACUUGGGUUACAAGGGAGGAUGGCCCAGGUGAUUAAUGGAGCUGGUAUCCUUAAUUGGCCAUCAGUCUUUGGGUUCUGGGAAAGGUGUGUGGGGUGGAGCAGGGAGGAGUUACACCCCAGGGCACCUUGGGAUGCAGCAAUGAGCUUGGAGAAAGAGACCACAGUUGCAGUCUGGAGCAGGAGCUGCAAAACAUAGGUGGUUUGAAUUUGUACUGUUGUGGCUACACCUUUGUUGCAAGGAAAUGGUGAUCUCCACCCUCACCUCUUUAUCAAACUCCAGACUUAGAAAUCAGAUGGUAUCUAAUUUAAAUGGCCCUCCCUCCCUGUAUUCUAGCCUCACUCUUCUCUACCCCCAUUUAUUAAUCUGUGGCCUCCUGGGCUUCAAAUACAUUAAAAAGGAGUAUCUGCCUCACCUCCA